CCAUUAGGGAUUGGUACGACCGUGUGUUGACCGAUUUUUUGUUUCCACUCCCUCCUCUUUCUGAUAAAAGUUGUGAAACCGAAAGUUAACGGAUCAAAAUUGAGAACGGAAAUAUUCACGUAUCAGCAUAUCAACAUAUCAUAUCAACAUACCAACGUUUAGGCUAUCAUGAACAAUCACAACAUUCCUGCUUCUGUUCGGAAGAUGAAGGUGGAAGCGCUGAAGAGGCUUCUUGUAUUUACUGUCGCCUGCACCUGUGUGUCUGUGAUGUAUAUACAGUGGACGUACAUUUGGAUGCUCAGGUCUGAAAUGGCUGAAAUAACGCGGCUUUUAAGACCUCUGGAUACAGCGGUGAAGGAAGGUGGGAUAUGCUGCGAUUCCGCCGUGUGCUACGGGGCUACAUCUUGUUAUAAGGUAAGCUGUUAUCACAGAUUCCCUGAGAGACGGACACAUGCAGAGGGCCGAGACAAGAGAGAUGUGUCAAAACAAAGGAAACAGAGAAAGAGACGAGAAACAGAGCAGCACACAUUUCUCCAUCUUGUUCCUGUGUCCUCGCAGACAUAUAAUGAUCAUGACACCACUGUUCUGUCUUGGGCCGUAGGGCAGAGCAGAGGGGAGGGGCUUCAGGUAUCAGCUGAUACUGUAACAGUGGAGACUGAGGGUACCUACUUCAUUUAUAGUCAGGUGCUGUAUAAAGACACCACCUGGGUAAUGGGUCAUGUGAUCACGAAGAGGCACAAGGGGGCAGAGACUAAACUGAUGAAGUGUUUAAAAAGCAUGCCCAGUAACGUCAGCCAGCCACUCAACACUUGCUACACUGCUGGAAUUUACUUCCUGGAGUCUGGAUCCACUCUUCAGCUCUCUGUUCCCCGCAAAUCUGCAGAGCUUAUCCUGACAGCUCAUGCCACCUUCAUGGGCCUCUUCAACAUAUGACUCAGACACACAGUGAUUUACACGUUUAAAUGAUAGAAACCUUUUUUAUCCUGUUGCAAAUCCCUUACACAAGAAUUUCACACUUUCAUGCUCAAAAACAGUAAAUGCUUUUAUGUGGUGAGUGGUUGACACCUAGUGGACAAUUUAAACACUGGCAUGUUGGAAAUGGUACUUAAUGUACAAUUUUUUUUUCAUAUAUAUAUAUACUGUGUGCUAUGUAAAUAUCACGUUAAAUGGAUAUGGAUUUCUGUACAAUAUAUACACUGAUCAUCCACUGGCACCACUAACAGAUGAAUAACAUACAUUUUUAUAUUUACAAUGGCAUCUAUCAAGGGGUGUGAUACUGUAUAUUAGGCAGCAAGUAAACAGUCAGUGUUGGAAGCAAAAAAAAUUACAAAUAAAAAAAAAUGAGAAAGAGAAAAGAUCUGAAUGACUUUUGCAGUGGGUAAUACCUACUAAAAGUGAUGCAAGGAAGAACAACUGGUGAUUCAAUAUCAAGGGCAUCCAAGGCUCAUUGAUGCACAUGGGGAGCAAAGGCUAGGCUGUCUGGUCCGAUCACACAGGAGAGCUACUAUAGCUCAGAUUGCUGAAAAACUUGAUGUUGGCUAUAAUAGAAACCUGUGAGAACACACAGUGCAUCACAAUAUCGGGCUGCAUCGCCACAGACCAGUCAGAGUGCCCAUGAUGAACUCUGUCAACCGCUGCCAUGUGAGUGUCAGAACUGGACCAUGAAGCAAUGGAAGAAGGUUUCCGGGUCUCUGGAACCAUUUUAUUUUUUAGAUCAGUUGGAUGACAUAUGCGCAUGAUAUUUUCCCUGGGGAAAGGAUGGCAGCAGGAUGAACUAUGGGAAUAAGGCUUUGACAUGUACCAUCUACCUAAAGAUUACUCAAGACCAUGAACAUCUCUUCAUGACAAAGGUGUUCACUGUUGACAGUGGCCUCUUUCAGCAGUUUAAGGCAUUUCCAACUUCCCAGAUCUCUCUGUUUUGUUCAGUCCAAACUUGGAGAAACCCGUUCAUGCUUUUAUCUCCAGCAGAGUGGACUAUUGUAACGGACUCCCCACUGGCCUUCCCAAAAAGACCAUUAGACAGCUGCAGCUCAUCCAGAACACUGCUGCCAGGAUUCUGACUAGAACCAGAAAAUCUGAGCAUAUCACACCAGUCCUCAGUUCCUUUCGCUGGCUUCCAGUUUAAUUUAGGAUUGAUUUUAAAGUAUUAAUACUAGUUUAUAUAUCACUCAAUGGACUAGGACCUCAAUACAUUGCAGAUAUGCUCACUGAAUAUAAACCAGACCACUCAGAUCAUUAGAAUCAAGUAAGUUAGAAAUGCCAAGGGUUCACUCAAAACAAGAGGAGUGCUUUUUAUUUUAUGUCACCCGCAAUGGAACCAGUUUCCAGAAGACAUCAAAUAUGCUAAAACAGAGGCCAUGUUUAAAGGUGACAUAUCAUGAAAAUGAAUUUUUCUGUGUUUAAGUGCUACAAUCGGGUCCCCGGUUCAUCUACCAACCCAGGAAAUGUGAUAAAGAUUAUCAUUUAAAUUUUUUUUGGUUAGCCUUUUUGUGCAAGCUUGUGAAAGAAAAAGAAAAACAAGCUUGAUGUAGAAAGGAGAUCUUAUUAUAACAUUACUGCCCCUUCUGCAGGUUUCCACCCCCAUAGUGACGCCAUUGUGUUUUUGCAAGCGACAGCAGUGUACCAGUUCUAAUGCCAUAGUGAAUGUUUGAGCAAAGCACGCUGACUAUUCUGUCUUUGGCUGCACUGAGCACAGAACACUAUUUAGAGUCCCAGCCUCAGAGGAGACAAAAGAGCAGUGGGUUUAUUGAUUUAUUUACUGUAUGUCACGCUGCUGCAACACAGAUCUAAUAUAAACAUGCCAUUUCUUUCUCAGCUGUUUACCUUCACAGACAUUACAGACAGUUUUUGUAACUGGUGUGUUUUUAAUAUAAACUUGUAUUUGACAAUUAAGCGAGAUAAGACAUGAAGGAGAAGUUUAGUACUCAGAUUCUUUCUGUAUGUGAUGUGCUUCGAAUAUGUGCACUCAGAAAACUGUAUAGCAGAACUUUAAACUAAUAUGGUUUAACAUUUUAACAUGAUAGACAUGAUAAUCAAAAUCAAAUGUGUUUUUUCAGCAGAGUAUCUGAGAUACCAGCUGUAAAGGCACAGCCCUAUUCUGGAAAAGGGGGUGGGGAGCAUCAGCAUCAUUUGCAUUUAAAGGCACAUGCGUGAAAACAGCCAGUUUCUGUUUCCACUCAAAAUAGGCAUAUUCAAAAUGAAAUAAUACAUGAUCUGUGGGGUAUUUAGAGCUGAAACUUACCAGACACAUUCUGGGGACACAUAAGACUUGUAUUACAUCUUGUUAAAAGGAGAAUCUUAGAUUCAGACUCAAAACUCAUCAGUUUAGCUGUGCAUUUACUGAAUGAGCUCUGAGCUACAGUACGUCCGAAUAAUUACACUGCCUUUAAUGUAUCUUCAUAUAUGUUUUUUUAAUUCUUCUUCACUGUUUUAAUUAAUUUUAAAUCAAUUUAAAAUGUAUUAUUUGCUUUUAUUUUUGUGAUUAUGUUUUAUGAUUAGUUUAUUUUUUUGUUUUAUGUAAAGCACUUUGAAUUACCAUUGUGUAUGAUUGCCAGAUACCUGUAAAAAAAAACCUUCCUUGUCUAAAGCAGGGGUUCUCAACUCUGGCCCUUGAGGCCCACGUUCCUACAUAGUUUAGCUCCAACCUUGAUCGAACUCACCUUCCGGUAACUUUCCAGUAACCUGAAGACCUUGAUUGGCUUGAACUUGUUCAAGUGUAUCGGAGCUAAACUCCUCGAGUGCAGGAGUUGAGAACCCCUGACUUAAAGGAUCAGAUACCAUAUGUUCAGAGGUCCUGUUGUGUCUAUUUUUCAGUGCAUCAGAUAUGUUUUGGCCACACAAGUGGGAACUACAUAAUAGUAUGCGGGUGGUUGUAAUGUUGUGGCUGAUCAGUGUAUCACAUUGCCAAGGUAUUAUUCACUGAUACAAUAACUGCAACAUGGUUCCACCAUAGUGCUUUUUUUGUAAAUAUCACACUAUGCAAACUGUAAUCAGUAACUGUUCUCUCAAAAUCUCUAUAACGUUCUUAUGCUUUAUAGUGGCAUGGUACGUGUCCCUUAAUUUUGAUUUUAUUUUGAUUUCAAAAUAAAUUCAGAGCUGUCAUUAGCCGCAGUUUCAGUCCAGUUUGAUCUUUGUUUACAUUUGCACCUUCCCCCUGACUGUAUUUGGUACUUAUGGUUGCUGAUUUGAUUUGCUGUUUCGUUCAGCUGCGUCUCCUCAUUAGCCUGUGUAUUUAAGUUCCUGUGUGUUCAGUUUUAAUUGACCAGUCUCAUCAGUGUCACUUCUGUGUUGUUCACUAUCCACCCUGUGUUUGGAUUAAAGAUUUUUGAAACACU